GAAGCACGGUACACGGCGGUACAACCAUGCAGCCGCGGAACAUCGAGGGCCCGCAGCGGUCGGAGGAGGGCGGAGAGCGAACACAAUGGCUCAAGCUGGGCGGCUGGACGGUGCUUGGGCUGGCCGUCUUCUGGGCGCUGUGCUUGGUGUCGUGGUGGACUGUGCGAGAUAUCCGGGGCGCGUGGGUUGGAGAAUCGUCGAGGGCUGCUGUGAUGAAAGAGAAGCUGCGGCAGAGGAGGGAUUCGCCAAGUAUAUCGUCCGCUAAGUUAGUAUCCGUAGCAGGGGAAGCGGCCGCGGGCCUGGAGAUGUGGACCUCGCUGGGAGGUGGAGAGAACGUGGCUGAAGUGGGUUCCGGUUUGUUGGCGGACUUUGCGGAUGUUCAACACGACAUAGGCGUUUUGCAGGAGAGCCUUGCCAAGUCGCGAUCGGUGGGCAGCGUGGUCGGGCUCGUGUCGUGGGAUCUAAACAAGGCGCAGGCAUUGCUCAAGGAACAGCAGGCCGUGUUGCUGGAGCAGGGCCGCCAGGUGCACGCCCUCGCCCGCGGAGUCCUCCAAGAGCACCAGGAGUACCAGAGCAGCCGCGAUGGUGCCAGGGCGGACGGGGAGGGGCGGUCUAAGCGGCAAGCUGGCGAAGAGCUGGAGCUGAUGAACAAGCUUACUUACGGGCUGGGGGAGGCCAACGUUCAGGAGAUUUUGGGGAGACUGCAAGAGUUGGAAACCGAGGUCAACGCUGCCGUGACCACGCAAGAAGCGGAGGAGAUGGCCGCUCGGUACGCCGCCGCGGCGGGGGCGACGCGGGAGCAGGGAGGGGGAGGAAGGGGGGGGGGACGGUCAGCGGAGGUCAGCGACGAAGACAUCGCCCGGGUGGUGGAGGAGGUGGUGCUUUCCGUGGACACGCCUUCCUCCCCGGAUUCCUGCAUCACGGUUGAUCUCGCUCGGAACCUGACCAGGGCUGAGCUGGAGAGGUUCGGUGCGGAUCGAACUGGGAUCCCUGACUACGCUAUGGAACCUGCCGGCGCCCACGUGAUCUCUAGGAUGACCAGUGAAACCUACGAACCGCCAAUGGGACUCCUGGAAUGGUUUCGCAGCAAGAGGCGAGGGGCCUCCCUCCAAGCUGUCAGCCCUCCACCGGUGGCCAUAAACCCGGAGUCGCGCCUGGGCAGAUGCUGGCCCAUGAAGGGUUCCGACGGAAGGCUGACAGUGAAGCUGGCUCGGACGAUCAAGGUGGAGUCGAUAUCGCUCGAGCACGCCCCGCGGGAGGUGCUCUUGAACAGGGGCGUUUCUGCACCGAAGGAUUUCACCGUCGUCGGUUAUCCCAAGGGCCGGGUGGUAAGGGAUGAUGACCCCGGGGACGUUCUUGUCAGCGGAGGGGAGUAUCGCUUGGAGGGGGACGUCAUCCAGUUCUUCCAAGUCGCCGAGGAGUAUCGACAGGUGGAGUACGACGUCAUCGCUUUGGUGGUGGACAGCAACCACGGCGAGGGUGCCUAUACCUGCAUCUACCGGCUCCGAGUCCACGGAACCCCUUCCCCUUGACACUUGACACUUCGGGGUUUCGUUGUAUCUAAUAUUACGCCAAAGAGUCGGCCCCGCCAGGAGUGUCUGUGCCAGUGUCAGUGUUUUCCCCACGCACCCCUUCCUGCUGCUGCUGUUUACAUCGGUGUACGGGCUUUUGGAUUGAACAAUUCACGGGCUGUCUGAUAUCGGGUUCUGAGUAGCGUCGGUUAGGAAAUCAUUCACCGCUGGCAUAUAUUCCGGUUCGGCGUGCUACUCCGGUAGGCUUUUGUGCUAGUGUCGAGGUUGUAGGGUUAUUGUGUACUCAUGUUUGCUCGUUUCCGCCUGUAAGCGCUUGCGGGAGGGAGCAGAAAUAACGAAGCACCGUGAAUUGGCCCCGUGGGCUCAGGGUGAUCAUCAGGAACGAGUUGAUGACAAGGUCGGAGUUCAUCCACUUCAAUAUUUUUUGUUUUUCGCGUUUUGUUCUUGGCUGAAAGUGCGCGGGGUCGGAGAGAGCUGGGUUCAAGAAUACUGUCAUAUUGUUCCCGUUUUUUUCUGUCCUUAAAGAGCGGGGUCGAGGGUUGGGGGUUUUCGUCGAAGUUCAAUUUCAAUACAAAAAUACUUCCGAUACCACAUGUUCUUUUUUUUUUUGGUC